AUGAGUGUGAGACUGAACCUAUGCCUGGGUGUGCCACUGAAGGAAGAUGAGUCUCUUAUCACCCUAUAUCCGUGUAACCAAACAAGUGAGCUCCAGUGGUGGGAAUGCAGAAAUGAAAGCCUCCUUGCAAUUCAAGGAGAUUUGUUUUUCAGUCCUGGCAAUGGAGAACAUGAUAAUGUUAUAUUAAAGAAAGGCCUUAGUCCAAAGAAUAACUGGAAGAUGUAUGGGGCCAUGGAUGUUUUAUGUUCCCAGAGAUAUGAAGAUAAAGAUACAACCUGGAUUACAGAUCUGUCAACAAAUGUCCGCUACCAAAUAAACUCUGAAUCUGCUCUCACUUGGCACCAAGCAAGGAAGAGCUGUCAACAACAAAAUGCAGAAUUAUUGAGUAUCACAGAUGUUCAUGAACAAACGUACCUUAAAGAAUUAACAGAAAGUACAGAUUCUAUGCUAUGGAUUGGGCUCAGUAGACUGGACUUGAAGAGUGGCUGGGAGUGGAUUGGAGGCAGCCCCUUCCAGUAUUUAAACUGGGCUCCAGGAAGUCCCUCUCCAGAAUCUGGAAAACUCUGUGUGGUUUUGAAUCCUGAAACAAAAGCUAAAUGGCAAAAUUGGGAAUGUGAUCAGAAACUUGGCUACAUUUGUAAAAAAAGAAAUGUUACCUUGGUACCCUCAGGUGAUACUGGGUUUAUUACUUGCCCAGAUGGAUGGGUACCGUAUGUAGAUCACUGUUACAAGAUCUUCAGGGAGACCAAAGAACGGCAAGUAGCUUUGACCUCCUGUCAAAAGGAAGGGAGUCACCUGGCCAGCAUCCGAAGCCUUGAAGAGCACAGCUUUAUAGUGUCUGGGCUUGGGUACAAGCCGACAGACAAGCUCUGGAUUGGGCUGAAUGACCAUAAGGUUCAAAUGUAUUUUGAAUGGAGUGAUGGUACACCAGUGACAUACACAAAAUGGCACCUGGGAGAGCCAUCCAGCACCAGAAACAGACCAGAAGAUUGUGUACUGAUCAAGGGCCAGGAUGGCUACUGGGCAGACUACGUCUGUGAGAAGAAAGCUGGUUACAUUUGUAAAAGAAAACCUGCAUCACAAAUAGCUGGAGAAAAGGAAAGUACUGAUGCAGGUUGCAAAAAAGGCUGGAGACGAUAUGGGACCUACUGUUAUUUUAUUGGACAUGCACCAGCAACAUUUUCAGAAGCAAACAGCACUUGUGAAGGAGAAAAAGGUUACUUAGCCACAGUUGAAAGUAGGUAUGAACAAGCCUAUUUGACUAGCCUUGUCGGGCUGAGGCCUGAGAAAUAUUUCUGGCUCGGUCUCUCUGACAUGGAGGACCAAGGCACCUUCAAGUGGACCAACGGUGACGAUGUCUCCUUUGCACACUGGGAUGCAGGAAUGCCUGGUUUGUGGAACGAUGUAAACUGUGGUUCCUCCAAUAAAUUUGUAUGUGAAAAGCAUAAUAGCUCUAUUAAUUCAACGUUUGCUUCUCCAUUGCCUCCUGGAGGAUGUCCAGAAAGCUGGCUUCUCUUUAACAACACGUGUUUCAAAAUUUUUGCUUCCAAUAUAACAAGAAAACUUGUGUGGCAUGAUGCACGAGAUGUUUGUAUUAAUCUGGGAGGAAACCUGGCUACAGUACCAAAUGAGCAAGUGCAAGAUGGGAGCACUGUUUCCUAUACCAAUUGGGUUAGCGGUGCACCAGAAAAGGCACAAGCCUACUUCAACUAUUAUGACUUUGACUGGUUGACAGACAACACUGUAGAGACUGAUUGUGUUUUCAUCAUACAGUCGGAUGGGAAAUGGCGAGAUGAUAGCUGUGAAAAUGAGAGAGGUUAUAUAUGCCAAAUGAAUUCACUUACCACGCAGUUUGAAGUACCAGCAACAAAUCCAUCCUCUGACUUUGCUCGUUAUGGUGACAGUAGCUAUUUAAUCAUCUCGUCUGAAAUGCAAUGGGAAGAGGCUAGAAAAAACUGUCAAGACAAACAUGCAGAACUUGCCAGCAUUUCAGAUGCCUACAUCCAUUCCUUCCUGUGGAUUCAGAUGUUGAAAUAUGGAAAGCCUGUAUGGAUUGGUCUUAACAGCAACAUGACUGGGAGCUAUUACAAAUGGAUUGAUAACUGGAAAACCAAAUUCACUAAGUGGGCAGUGGGGGAGCCAAAGGAGAAAAAUGCUUGUGUCUAUUUAGACCUUCAUGGUACCUGGAGAACAGCAUCCUGCAAUGAAAGCUACUUCUCAGUUUGCAAGAUAUCAGAUGUUGUAGCUCCUACUGACCCUGCUCAGCUGCCUGGAGACUGCCCUGAAUCAGCAGGCCUGCAAGCUUGGAUCCCUUACCAUGGCCACUGCUACUACAUCGAAGCGUCAGCUGCAACAAGCUGGGCCCUGGCUUCCCUUGAGUGCACUCGGUUCGGUGCUACCUUGGUUUCAGUAGAAAACGUGGAUGAAUCUGACUUUCUGAUUCAUAUGAUACAACCACUUGCAAACAAAGUGGGAGGCUUCUGGAUAGGACUUUACAGAAAUGUGGAUGACCAGUGGUUGUGGCUAGACAAUGCUGCAGUGGACUUUGUUAACUGGGAGGAGAAAGAGUCCAGUGUGGAGCACAACUGUGUGGAAAUGACUGCACCACUUGGUUACUGGGAUAACACUGAUUGCUCUUCUGAAAAAGGAUUUAUCUGCAAAAAAACCAAAGAAACCUUUACAUUAAGAGGAAAUGCCAAUGGACAGCCUUGCGUAUUCCCUUUCCAAUAUGAAGGCAAACAAUACAACGAGUGCACAGAUGCUGGUAGGUCAGAUGGCUGGCUGUGGUGUGCAACAACUGAAGACUUUGAUGCUGAUAAACUGUAUGGAUUUUGCCCACUAAUAAAUGACACAGAAAGAUUUUGGACAGAAGAUGUUUCAACUGGCAUUCACUAUCAGAUAAAUUCAGAAUCGGCUCUAACAUGGCACCAAGCAAGGAAAAGCUGUCAGCAGCAAAAUGCAGAACUAUUAAGCAUCACAGAGACACAUGAGCAAGCAUAUAUAGGAGAGCUAACUAAAAAAUUCAGUUUUGCAUUCUGGAUUGGAUUGAACACUUUGAAUUUCAACAGUGGAUGGCAAUGGGCUGGGGGCAGUCCUUUCAGAUAUUUAAACUGGGCUCCAGGAAAUCCUUUCUCAACCCCUGGGGAAAUCUGUGGGGUGAUGAAUCCCAGACAGAACGCUAAAUGGGAAAACCAAGCAUGUAACCAGAGACUUGGCUACAUUUGUAAAAAGAGAAACUUCAGUUCAAAACCUGACAGUAUACCCAAGGAGGAACUGAGACCUAUUAAAUGCACAGAUGGUUGGUGGCCUUAUGCAGGCUACUGUUACAGCAUUCAGAGAGAACCCAAAACAUUGAAGGAUGCUCUGACUUCAUGUAAGAGGCAAGAUGGAGAUUUGGCAAGUGUCCACAACAUCGCUGAGUAUAGCUUUCUAGUGUCACAGCUUGAUAACAAGCCAACAGAAGAGCUAUGGCUGGGUCUGAAUGACCUGAAGGCUCACUUCUAUUUUGAGUGGAGCGAUGGGACUCCUGUGACAUUCACCAGAUGGCAGCGCAGACAUCCCACCUACAUGCGUGGUCUAGAGGACUGUGUUGUUAUGAAGGGGCAGGAUGGAUACUGGGCAACUGAUAUUUGUGAUAAGCAACUUGGUUACAUCUGUAAAAAGAAGCCUUCGUCACAAUCUCUUGAAAAAGAGAUGAUCACAGACCCAGGCUGCCAAAAAGGUUGGAAAAUAUAUGGUUCUCACUGUUAUUUGGUGGGUUCUGCCCUUGUAACGUUCUCAGAUGCAAAUAAGACAUGUGAACAAAGUAAAGCUUAUCUAGCCACGGUGGAAACCAGAAAUGAGCAAGCCUUUCUGAUUAGCCUGACUGGGCUGAGGUCUGAAAAAUAUUUCUGGAUCGGUCUCUCUGACACAGAAGAACAAGGGACUUUCAGGCGGACCAGUGGUGAAGCUCCUCUCUUCACACACUGGAACUCAGCAAUGCCAGGAAAAGAACAAGGCUGUGUUGCCAUGGGAACUGGAACGAAUGCUGGAUUAUGGGAUGUCAUUAGCUGCCAGGAGACAGCAAAUUUUCUUUGCAAGCAGUGGGCAGCAGGAGUUCCACCCCCUGCUCCUCCUGCGCAGGUCCCUGCAGCUGCCUGCGCCGAGGGCUGGGACGGAGCCUCCCAGGGAGACUCGUGCUACAAGUUUCUUGUGAGGGAGGGAAACCUAAAGAAGUCUUGGUUUGAAGCUGAAGAAUUCUGUAGAGAAAUAGGAGGAAAUCUGGUCACUAUCAAUUCAAGAGAAGAUCAGAUUUUAAUAUGGCGGUUAGCAUUGGAUAAAGGAGUGCACAUGCAGGGGUUCUGGAUGGGUUUGUUUCUCUUAAAUCCUGCUGAGGGAUUUGCCUGGAUUGAUGGCUCUCCUGUAAUUUAUGAGAACUGGGAUAAAGAUGAACCCAACAACCAUGAAGAAAUUGAACAUUGUGUUAUGUUUAAUAGAUCACCCCAAAUGCGCUGGAAUGACUUGCACUGUGAACACUUACUUAAUUGGAUUUGUGAAACAAAAAAAGGUACACCGCUAAAACCUGAACCAAACUACAAGCUUGAAUAUCAAGCCACUGAUGAUGGAUGGAUUAUACAUGAGGAUAAACAGUAUUAUUUCAGCAAAGAACAUGUCCCUAUGGAACAAGCACGGAGAAUUUGCCAGAAGAACUUUGCUGAUCUUAUUGUCAUUGAGAAUGAAAGCAAAAGACAAUUUAUAUGGAAAUAUAUUAACACAAAAGAGAGUGGAAUAUUUCACGCAGUGGAAUCAUUUUUCAUUGGCUUAGUUGUCAGCUUUGAUCAUAAGUUCAGCUGGCUGGAUAAGACCCCAGUGAACUAUGUUGCCUGGGCUCCAAAUGAACCCAAUUUUGCAAAUAAUGAUGAAAAUUGUGUGAUAAUGUCAAAAGAUUUUGGCUUUUGGAAGGAUAUAAACUGUGCUUUGAAAAAUGCCUUCAUUUGUGAAAGGCACAAUUCAGCUUACUCAGGACUUGCUCCUACUGUACUUCCACCUUUGGGAGGAUGUCCUGAAACUUGGCUUUUGUUUCAUAAUAAGUGUUAUAAAAUAUUUGGAUCCAGAGAAGAAGAGAGACUGACUUGGCAGUCUGCAAGAAGCGCUUGUAUAGAAUUAGGGGGAAAUUUGGCCUCUAUUCACAAUGAUCAAGUGCAAGCCUUCCUCACCUUGAAUCUAAAGGAUGUCUUCAGUGAAACUUGGAUUGGAUUAAAUGAUAUUAAUAAUGAGGGUAGUUAUCUGUGUACAGAUGGAAGCUCUUUUGACUAUUCACAUUGGGCAAGACAAUUCCCUUUUAGGGAUGAAUACAUUGAAGUUAACAGGAGGUAUACUACAAUACAGACUGACUGUAUUGCCAUGACGAAAAGAUCUGUAAAUGAAGCAAGGCGCUGGGAAAACACUGACUGUCAGCAUAAAAAAAGUUAUGUUUGCCAGAUGGACAGCAAGCCGGAACUCUUUCAUUCCACAACUGCUCCGGAUUUUGAUUUCGUCCAUUAUAGUAACAGCAGCUAUUUGAUCAUUCCUUCUAAAAUGAAUUGGGAAGAAGCAAGAAAAGCCUGCAAGGAGAAAUCUUCAGAUCUUGCCAGCAUUUUAGAUUAUUACAGUAAUAUAUUCCUGCUGCUGCAGGCAGUGCCAUAUGGAGGGCCCUUAUGGAUUGGGCUCAAAAGCAAUGUGGGUUAUGGAUAUUACAGAUGGACCAAUAAAAGGAAAAUUGAUUUUUCUAAUUGGCACUACAGAGAACCAAAAGAGAAAAUAGCCUGUGUCUACCUAGAUGUCCAUGGGACCUGGAAAACAGCACCUUGCAAUGAAAAACAUUUUCCUGUCUGCAAAAUGUCUGAGGGUAUACUUCCUUCUGAUCCCCCACAGGAUAUUGGAAAAUGUCCUGAAUCUGAUCACAUAGCUUGGAUUCCUUUUCGAAGCCACUGCUAUUAUUUCAAUGCCAAUGAAAUGAGCUGGGCUCAGUCUGUGACUCAAUGCAUUCAGUCAGGUGGCAUCUUGGCUUCUGUAGAAGACUUGGCUGAAUCAAACUUUCUAGCAGAACAAGCAGACUUAUACACAAGCAAGACAAGUGGCUUUUGGAUAGGAAUAUACAGAAAUGCAAAUGGGCAGCUGCUUUGGCAAGACAACAGUGCCUUUAACUUUGUCAACUGGGGUGAAGGAGAGCCCUCAGAGGAACAGCUUGAUUACUGCGUGCAACUGUCUGCCUCCUCUGGGUACUGGAUUGCCAUUCCUUGCUCUUCUGAAAAAGGGUUUAUUUGUAAGAAACCAAAGACUAUUCUUAAAGUAACUGCAAAUGUGAAAGAUGCCAAAAAAGACAAAGAACAUGGUCAGAGCACUGUUUGGAUACUUACUCUGGUCCUCAUCAUUUUAGUAGCGAUGGGCUUCAUGGCUUAUUUCUUACUCAAGAUCAAAAACCAAAGUGAGACUCAACGAGCAGUGAGGCAAUAUAGCACACUGCUAGAGCACAGCAGUGACCUACCUGGAGGGGACAAAGAUAAUGAUCCUGCCAGCAACAAAGAAAAAGAUGAACACAGCGUCAUCUAAUGUGAUUACAUAGCUAAGCUAUACGGUCAAGCUUAAAAAAUAAUUUAGCCAGAACAAAAGAAGUCAUAGUAAAUGUUACAUACACCAGCUUACAUUAUGAACUAAAGUAGCAAUUAUGCCUUUGGUAUGGAUUAAGAGCUAUUGCUCUAUGCUUUUCAAGACAUUUUCUCAGGACUAAGACUCAGAGUACUGUGUAAAAUCGCUAAUUAAACAAGCAUGACAAAUAGAAGGUCCAGUGUGAACCUGGAGUUAAAAGAUAUGGAUCAAUAACCUAGUGGUUUUUUUUGUUUGUUUGUUUUUGUUUUUUUAAGAGAUCUGUGGCACCAUCACAUACAGAACCAAGUACAGAUAUACAUUGAGUGUUCGACACCACUCAGCCCCGAAGCCUGCCUUUUGAGAGUGCAUACUGCUACUCAAAUGAAAUGGUGUUUGGAAUAACCAGAGAUUUACAUGAAUUGCUUUCCUCCAUUAUCGCACCUUAAUUGCACUCUACACAAAUAAAAUUGCCAUAAUAUUGUAACUUGCCAUAUUGUCUUUCUUGUCAUAAUAUUGUAACUAUAAAUGAAAUCUUUGUCCUUCAUUCACGGAGUUUCAGAGCUUCAAUUUAGAUUAGUCAUAUUCUUUUACAAUGGAUAUUUUGCAUCAAUUAAAUAUUACAUUAUAUCAAUAAAGGAUCUAUAUCUUACAUAAUAAUACUUCAGUGCUGUUGAAUUAGCAUGCUAAUG